GUAACAAAAUGGCGUUUGAAAGUCAGUCUGAAACUUCUAAUACACAUUUUUCCUCAAACAUAGACAUAGAUAAUCCACCAUUCUCUCGUGUCUUUAUUGUUUGUGGACGUAACUUAACCUUAGAAGAAGUGACAAAUGCAUUUUCUGCUUAUGGCACAGUUGAAGAUGUACGUAUGGUUAAAGAUAAAGUAACGAAGGAAAGCAAGGGUAUUUGCUUCGUAAAGUUUGCCAAGGCAUCGUCUGCUGCUAUGGCUAUUGAAUAUUUGGAUGGAAAGGUAAUUGGAAGUGAACCCAAGCCCAUAAAGGCGAUGAUUGCUCAGUCCAAAACACCAGGAAAACAACCCGACUUACAAGACUCGGAUCUCAGCCGUAUCUUCGUUGUCAUUCCAAAAACGUUCAGCGAAGAUGACUUACGUGCGAAGUUCGCAGAUUACGAUAGCGAUAUUGAUUAUUGCCAAGUGGUAAGAGAUCAUGAGACGAGGGACUCGAAAGGAGUCGGUUAUGUGAAAUUCACAAAACCCUCAACGGCUGCAUUAGCAAUUGAAACUUGUGACCGCUCCUUGAAAGCUGUGAUUGCGGAACCCAAAUCGUCCAAGUUUAAACAACAUAAAUUGGAGCAAGAGAAGAAUGUCAUGUCUGCAUUCGCCGCCGCUAUGCAGGCAAUGCCGGUGAAUCCUUUCCUGGAGCAACAAAAUUUCAACUUUCCUGGCAUUCAUGAUCAAAGUAACCCAGCAAAUACAAUGUUAGCUGCUCAAGCUGCUGUGACUGAGGGAAUUGCAAACCAACUCGCCUCCUCCUUCAGAAAUAAACGUCUCUUUGUCAUCGUUUCUCCGUCGGUAACCCAAGAUCAGCUUUCUUCACUGUUUGAUCUCAUUCCCGGAAUGGAAUACUGCGACCUGAAACGCGACCACAACACACGCGAAUCGCGUGGUAUUGCGUACGUCAUGUACAAGUCGAUGGGUUCCGCAGUCUACGCGAAGGAGAAGCUCAACGGUUUCGAAUAUCCUCCAGGAUCGAGACUCGUCGUUAAAUUUGCCGAAGAAAAUACACACGCACAGAAUGGCAACAAAAAUAAUAUGACUGGUACGCAUGUUACCAGCAUGCCAAAUGAGCUUUCUUACCCUGCGUUUAAUACCACUACCCCUGGAUAUAUCUCCACUGCUAUGGGUAAUCCCAUGGUGUUCAAUCCUAACCCCUCUUCUACAGCAUCCUAUCAAGCCUCUUCAAAUACCACUACUGGGUCAAGCACACCGUACACCACGGCAGUUUUACCGAACCCGCAACGUUUUGCAGAUCCGAAUGCGGACGUUGCUGCUCGGCUGUUCAUCGUCUGCCAACCCCGCGCCCCGCCAGAGCAGGUACUUAAGGAUGUUUUCAGUCGUUUUGGAGAUCUUAUUGAUGUCUGGAUGGUUGGUGAUCGUAAUUUUGGUUAUGCGAAGUUUUCCACAAAAGUCGCUGCAGAUGCUGCCAUCACCGGCUUGAAUGGACAGGAGAUCCUGGGGAUGAAAGUUAAGGUUCUCCAUGCAGAUCCACCGAAGAACGAAAGCUCCAGGAAACGCCCAAGAGUGUGAAGUGCUUUUAUUAGGAAUACUACUGUGCAUGGGCAGUACGAGUUAAAAGAGGUAUUGAUUUUUUGUGGUAUUGUUGUGCGUUUAUUUUAUCUCAUUUCUUGACUGUUAGAAGAGUUGCAAAUAUGGGAUAAACAGAUGGAACCGCUUACUUGAUUACAUCUAUUAACUGGAUGGACGAGACAACUUCGUUUACAAGUGCAAUGUAUUUAACUUAUUUUAACAGUUUAUCGACUUAAACGCCAUCGACUGUGACGUUUCCGCAAAUGUGACUUGGAACUUUCUUGAUAACCAGAUUACUGAACUAGAAACUUUAAGUGCGAUAUUUACUACUGCAUUUGUUUACUAUACUAUUAUAGUAUUUUACUCAACCUACUAUGACGCGUAUAUGGAUUUAUGUUCAUUUAUUCCUGACAAGCUAACCAUGCAUUGCUUUCUAACAUCUUUUGUACAUCAGCCCUACUACAGUGUAGUUACAUAUAGCCGACGAUAUUUUUAAAAUUACUGAGCUAAAAGGUCGAAUAGAGCAAAAUAAUCCAAUUAAAAAUCAAACAUGUUACAUGACAUUGUUUUAAAAUAGAUCGUAAAGGUACAUAUAGCGUAUACCAAUGUUCCUAUAAGAAGGAUUAAACUAUCUGAAUAUGAUAACAACAUGUACUCAAUUUUUAUUUAUUAAUAACGAUAAGGAUAACGACGAAGUGAGGACUUACAUAUUUCAGUUAGUUUGAAACUUCUACCUUAUUGACGGGCUAAAAAUUGGAACUAAACAUUGGCAUGCGAUUAUUCCAUGCGAUGAUUUAAAUUAAAUUAACAUAAGAAGAUGUUAAAUAUGUGUAGUAAAUAUAAAUGAUUAUGGUUAUGAAGAAAUUAUUAAAAAUAUAUAUAUAUACUAACUGGUAAACACAAUUUUCAAAUACCGUAUUAAGUUUGCUGGUAUAAAGUCUAAAAUUUUUAUUCCCAAUUAACUAUAACCGAUUUUACCUAAACAAUGCACGCUGCUAAAAUAGUCAUAUACUGUAUUUCUGAAAUAACUUAAGGAAGUUAUUCCUCGGUUCAACAGGCCUCUCUUUCCAUUAAAAUGCUCCUAAAGAUUAACCGGGGGGGGGGUAUCACAAAGACAGCGAUACUCGGACUACGCAAAAACUAAACCUGGACAUACGUCGUUACUGGGAUGGUUUUAAACUAUGAACUUCACACGUUAUACCGAGCGUCAGUACAUGCAAUGCCAGUGAUAAAGACGCAUUUGAAAACAUCUGAUAAUGACUCCCUAUAUCUGUGCUUAUACGCAUGGUCUUAC